AAAAACUUAAUGAUAGACAGCUUAAAAUUAAAGAUGCUUUUUUUAAAGCAGAUGAAAUGAUUCCAACAUUACCAACAACUUCAUUACAAUAUCGAGAUCGUAGAUAUACACCUCAAGUUAUAGAACCAGUCGAAGACGCCAGAUCGAGCCUCAACCGGUUUAUUGAAUCAUAUACUG